AUGAAAUUCUUAAAAAGUUUAUUAGUUUUUGUUAUGUUAUUUGUUGUUUUUGCAUCCGCUGCCAAGAAACCAUCAGAUAAAUUACAAAUCGGAGUUAAAUAUAGACCAGAAGAAUGUACUAAAAAAACUCAAGCUGGUGAUAAAUUAAAGAUUCACUACAAAGGUACUUUAUUAUCAACUGGUGAAAAAUUCGAUAGCUCAUACGAUAGAGGUACACCAUUUGAAUUCACCUUAGGUGCUGGUCAAGUUAUUAAAGGUUGGGAUCAAGGUUUACUUGGCGCAUGUAUUGGUGAAAAGAGAAAAUUAACCAUUCCACCAUCAUUAGGUUACGGUGCUCAAGGUGCUGGUGGUAAAAUUCCAGGUAACGCUCAUUUAGUUUUCGAAACUGAAUUAAUUGACAUCAUCAGAAAAUAA